AGCGCAUCUGAACUGGAGAGAGAGAGAUAGUAAAUAGAUUCAGGCACCAACAUUUACCUACCUGCUCGAGCGAAAUACGGGGAGGACGCUGAAGUACGCGCGCGUCCACGCGCACUCGCUGAGUAGCAAGACAAUAAGGCAAUAAAUAAAAACCAAAAUUGGAAUUUCAGUUUUCAACACGAAGGCUAUUCCUUAAAAAUAAACAUAUAAGAAUACAGCUUUACUGAAAAAAGCAACAGCCAUGCAUCUGAACAGAGAAGAAGGGAACAGCAAAGGGUCUCUAUCUAUCAGUGUGUUUCUGGUAUCUCUGGGGCUGACGGUGUGUGCCGUGUGGCUCGUAGCUCUAUGUGGAGUCUGCACCUGGUGCCAACGCAAACUGGGGAAGAGGAACAAGCCUGGGGUGGAGGCAGCCAGCACCCCAGAUUCAGUUCAGAUUCGUGGCCGAGGGGAAAACAAAGCCAUCAAUGAUCUAGACAGGGACUUUUGGAAUAACAAUGACAGCAGCAACGUGCAGCAGAGAUGGAGCUCCUACCCGCCCAAGGAGUUCCUCUUAAACAUGUCCCCCUAUGCCCCGUAUGGAGACCCUCGCCUCACGCCCAAUUUUGGGGACCCCUCCCUCUCGGCCGCCUCUACUCUGGAGCACAUUCCAUCCUCAGCAGCAGCCCGUCCUCGUCCCCUGGUGCGACAGCAGAGUCUCCAGCAGCCUCUCACCCACCAGCCCCCUCCGGGCCCCAAUGACCCCCCAGCCACCUCCCAGAGCCUGGGCCAGCUGCACACAGGGCUCGGGGGCGGGGGGCACCGGGGAGGCCCGCGGGGGGUGCGGGGGAGUCCGGCGGGGACAGGUGCUUCCCGGUACAGAGGAGCAGGAGGAGGACGCUCCAGGUCCAACCCAGGCAGCUGGGACCACAUGAUGGGGCAGAUCCGCAACAGAGGACUGGAUGUCAAGUCUUUCCUCGAGGGGAAGAUGGUUGUUCUGUCUCUAGCAAUCGGGCUGGCUGAACAAGAUGACUUCGCCAACCUCCCAGAUCUACAGGAAGCACCAGCGUGCCAAGAAAACUCAACUCCACCGGACAAAUCAAGCAGGAGCCUGGGUAAACCUGGGAGCCAGACCCCAGAUGAGGCAGGCCGCCUCGGGAACUCCUCCGUCACAGACCUGGCCAACUCUGUCACCACCAGCGACAUUCACAUGCUCUCUCCAGGCUCAGAAGAGGACACAGAAGGGCCUGUGGUUGAGAAGCUGGGCCGGAUUCAGUUCAGUGUGGGCUACAGCUUCCAGGACUCCACCCUGACCGUGAAGAUCCUCACGGGCCAGGAGCUCCCCGCCAAGGACUUCUCUGGCACCUCAGACCCCUUCGUCAAACUCUACCUGCUGCCUGACAAGAAGCACAAGCUGGAGACCAAGGUCAAGAGGAAGAACCUCAACCCUCGCUGGAACGAGACCUUCCUGUUUGAAGGGUUCCCCUAUGAGAAGGUGAUCCAGAGGACCCUCUAUAUGCAGGUGCUGGAUUACGAUCGUUUCAGCAGGAACGACCCCAUCGGGGAGGUGUCCAUUCCCCUUAACAAGGUGGACCUGGGCAACCAGCAGACCUACUGGAAGGAGCUGAAGCCCUGCAGCGACGGCAGCGGGAGUCGAGGAGACCUGCUGGUGUCACUGUGCUACAACCCUCAAGCCAACACCAUCACUGUGACCAUCAUCAAAGCCCGCAACCUCAAAGCCAUGGACAUUGGAGGCACCUCCGAUCCCUAUGUGAAGCUGUGGCUGAUGCACAAGGACAAGCGUGUGGAGAAGAAGAAGACGGUGACAAUGAAGUGCUGUCUGAACCCCGUGUUCAACGAGUCCUUCCCCUUCGACGUCCCCGCCCACGUGCUCCGAGAGACCACCAUCAUCAUCACCGUCAUGGACAAGGACAAGCUCAGUCGCAACGACGUCAUCGGCAAGAUCUAUCUCUCGUGGAAGAGUGGUCCGGCGGAGGUGAAGCACUGGAAGGACAUGAUGGGUAAACCUCGUAAUGCCGUGCAGCAGUGGCAUGCCCUCAAGGCCUGAUACUGUAGGUCCAGUCACAUCCACCCAGACCACCCCAGCCCCCUGCCCUGCCCUCCCACUCUAUCGUUAUGCACAAGGCUGACUCACUGCAGAACAUGGGUACAAAUAGCCAUCCAACGCAUCCACCCUCUCCUCCUGCCUGUCUUCUCUCAGAUCCCUAAUGAACUUCUCCUUCCUCUACUCCCCUCUGUUAAGCCGGGUCCUUUCUGAGUCUUGUUGCUUUUAAGUUUCCUCUCAACCGUUGUUUUUUCUCCUUGGUCCACCUUUACUCUGUUUUACUCUGGAGCAGCACACUCUGCCAGCCCUAGGGUGAGCCCCAGGAAUCCAGUUCCUCCAUUCAUCCUGUGUCUCUCCAUCGUGGCAGUGAGGGGAGGCUUCUUCUCUCCCUAAUCACUGCUCUCUCUGUCGUCAGAAGCGAUCUGGUUGGAUGUUCAUUAUUGUUUUUUGCUUCCCACAUUGACCCUUUGGUCCGCUCUCUUCUGCAAACACACAGAGAAUAUAACAGGAAGGAUCGAUAGAGAGAGAGAGGCAAACCAAUGGAAUAGAAGAGGGAUGGACUGUCUGGAUGAUAAUGGAAUUAGACGUGACACUGUCACUCCACCCCGUUCAUCACCUCUGAUCUCUUUCUCUCCCACCACUGUAGUGAUUCUUCCAUGGCUGGACCCCCUUGUUGUCUGUGCGUGCUGUGGGUGAUGUGUUGUAACUCCAAAUGAAGUUCUAGAUGAAAAAAGGAGAAAAUGACUGAUCAUUUACACUGGUCCAUGGGGGAAAUGUAAAAAGACGUUCCUAUUUUCCAGAGAGAAAAAAAAAGAAUAAUGACAGAAAAAGAGUAAAGUCAUCAAUGUUGUGUUUUGUUUUUAAAAAGCCUAAAGAGACCAAUCAAAAUGUUCUUCCACAGACAGUAAAUAGAAGCAAAAAGACAGCUAUUAUUCUGUCGUAUUCUCUCUGUGUGUGUGUGUGUGUGUGUGUGUGUGUGUGUGUGUGUGUGUGUGUGUGUGUGUGUGUGUGUGUGUGUGUGUGUGUGUGUGUGUGUGUGUGUGUGUGUGUGUGUGUGUGUGUGUGUGUGUGUGUGUGUGUGUGUGUGAAAGUAAUGGGCUUGCACUGCUAUCAAAUGAAUAACGACAAUAUUACUGAUAAUAAUGAUGACAAUAAUAAUCAUCAGUAUUCUACUGGAUAUGUUUGAAGACUUGGAGAGGUCACAGCAGCUGAGCAGUGACAGAGAGAGAGGGGUACAGUCUGUAGGGUAGUGCCUGCUACCUGGUGUGGAACCGUAAGCAGAGGAGGAACUUGACAUGAACCACCAGUCUUCAUCUGAGGUGCUUUCUCUCAGUUGCAUCAUCCACUGCAGAUAACCAUAAAUAAAUGCCCCUCUCCCAACCAAGUCAGUUUAGUUUAUAAUGGAGCACUAAGCCAAAUGAUCUUGUCCCCAUCAAGGUUUAUAACGUUACCUGUUUGUCUCUGUCAGUAAUUUUCUGUAAUUCUGCCUGUCUAUUGGAAUGUGUGUCUGUUACGUCAGUUAGUCUGUUCCAUUACUGGCCAGACCCCCUCUGCUCUGUCCUGCUCCUGAUGUUAGAUAGUUAGGGUGUUAGUAUGUCUUCAGGACCACGGCUGUUCCAUUACUGGCCAGACCCCCUCUGCUCUGUCCUGCUCCUGAUGUUAGAUAGUUAGGGUGUUAGUAUGUCUUCAGGACCACGGCUGUUCCAUUACUGGCCAGACCCCCUCUGCUCUGU